AUGGCCACCGUCACAUGCCUGGCCCAUGAGCCCUCCCCUACAAAGACCUACGAGCCCGUCAUCACCGAGCUCCAAACAUGCGACUCCAAUCCUAUAUCUGCGAUAUCUGAGAUGCCCAAGGUGAAAAGGAUCGAUCCCCCGGCCAAAGAGCCAUCACCACAACCAAGCCGCCGCCAGUCCCACACAUCCACUUCGACCUCUAUCCACUCUCGCUCCGCAUCCCGCAGCACAGCCCGCUCACGACCAGACAGUCGACGAAGCUCCUUCCAAUCUGCACGCAGAGCGCCCAACCCGGCUAUUGUCCCUGUCGCUUCAGCACGCAUUUCACCACAGGAUAAGCGCGAGUCGCUCAUAGCACUACACAGGGAAUCAUGUCGGCUCUUCCAAGGCGAUGCACCUACCGCUGAGAUCCGUCCAUCGUUGCAGUCCGCAGCAUCUGUAUCAUACAGAUCUCGAGAGAGUCGGACUUCAUCAGAUAAUCGCAGCUCGGCACCCUCGUCACCAGUUGCAUCUUCUCAUUCCAGAUUUCGCUUCGAAGCACAUACACCCUCUCCUCCCAGCUUCCGCUCCGAGAUCGAGGCUACCACAAGCGCACCACACUGGCUCACACCAAGAGAUAGAGCCAAUACCAUGCCCAGUGGCAACAGCAACCACCACCACAGUCCCUCGUCUUCAUCCAUGCACGUCCCGGCGACGGUAAUGGAAUGGACAUCGCCGGACACCCGACGACGCGAAUACGAGAAAAUCGAUCGGGCCAGUAGUGGUGUCCGUGGACUCUGGCGUCGUGUUGCUCCGCGCUGUUUCCAGACUCGAGACUCGCGCGUUCCUUUCUUCGAGGAGGGAAAGACCCAGCGUGAAGGUAGUGUGCGUCGGUUCAGGAUGGAUUUGCCUGAAGAUGAUGAGCCGGUACAAACAUCGCAGAUUCAGCCCUCGGAGUUCCUGCGCAAGAAUACUGUCUCGGAUUCGACGGAUGGUUCGAGACGACGCUGGGCGUGUCUUCGCUCUAAGACUUCUCCUGCUUGA